CACGUGGCCGUUACGUCAUCUAGCCCUAUAGGAUCCCGCUGUGGCCUCUGGUUGUAGCAGCAGAGCGAGAGAGUCAUGGGGACUGGGGAAGGUGACGGAGCCUCCCCAGGGACCGCCUCCUGUAGUCAGGUCACCAUGAAUCUCCACAGAAAAAUCGGCAAAGAGCUGAAACUUGCGUAGAGUCGAACAUCUAGAGAGGAAGAACAUGGACAGCACCUCUGAGCUGCCGUUGAUGACGCUGUCUGCUGGGGGCAAUAUGACGGAGUCCCUUGGUGACCUAACAAACACCACAAACGGCAGCCCCCCCAUGUCGAUAAACAGACUGUUCCCAGCUCUGUUGGAAUGUUUUGGCAUCAUCAUGUGCGGCUACAUCGCGGGUAGAGCCAACGUGAUAACCGCCACUCAGGCGAAAGGCCUCGGCAACUAUGCUUCCCGAUUUGCAUUGCCCGCACUUUUGUUCAAGAACAUGGUUGUGCUGGAUUUAUCCGACGUCAACUGGUCGUUUCUGUACAGCAUAGUCAUCGCCAAGGCCUCCGUCUUCAUCUUCGUCUGCGUGUUGACUUUGUUGGUGGCAAACCCUCAGAGUCGUUUUAGCAAAGCUGGACUCUACCCUAUAUUUGCAACGCAAAGCAAUGACUUUGCCCUUGGCUACCCCAUAGUUGACGCCCUGUACCACUCCCAGUAUCCCAAAUACCUCCAGUACAUAUACCUGGUGGCACCUGUAUCCCUCAUGAUGCUAAACCCUUUGGGGUUUGUUUUCUGCGAGAUCCAGAAAUGGAGAGACAAUCCAAACCCUUCACAAAGCAAAAUGAAGAUUCUGGGAUUUGCCCUCCUCCGUGUCUUCCAGAACCCUAUAGUAUUUAUGGUAUUUAUAGGCAUCGCCUUUAACUUUGCACUUGGUCAGAAGAUUCCUGUCUACUUGGAGAAUUUUCUGGACGGCCUGGCCAGUUCCUUUUCUGGCUCAGCUUUAUUUUAUCUGGGCCUUACCAUGGUUGGUCAGACCAGCAAGAUGAAGAAAUCGUCUUUUGUUGCCUUGCUGCUACUUAUCACUGCAAAGCUGCUGGUCUUGCCGCUUAUCUGCAGGGAAAUGGUGGAACUGCUGGAUCAGAAUAAGUCUGCGGUCAACCACACCAGUCUAUCAAACUAUGCAUUUCUGUACGGUGUCUUCCCAGUGGCACCAGGAGUUGCCAUAUUUGCAAACCAGUUCAACAUGGAAGUCGAGAUUAUCACAUCCGGAAUGGUGAUCAGCACCUUUGUGUCUGCCCCGAUCAUGUACGUCUCGGCCUGGCUGUUGACCAUCCCUUCAAUGGAUCCGAAGCCCCUAGUCUCUGCUCUGCAAAACGUCAGUUUUGACAUUAGUAUUGUGAGCAUGGUCUCCUUGGUCUGGACUCUGGCUGUAUUGCUUCUGAGCAAAAAGUAUAAGCGGCUUCCUCACAUGCUGACGGCAAAUCUGUUUCUUGCUCAGCUUAUUGUCUGCUUUGCAAUGGUGUUAUGGAACUUCAUCAUAAAGGAAAGCAACGUCGUGGGGCAGAUCCUGGUGUUUGUCAUCCUUUACAGUUCCCUCUACAGCACUUUUCUCUGGACAGGUUUGAUCUCUUUGUGCUUGUUUUUACUAACGAGGAGAGAAGUUAGUAAUAUUCCCACUGUUAUAAUCGCCUUGGCUGGCUGGGGCCUUCCUGUGUUAAUAGUGUGUGUUCUUGUGAGCGUCGGAGAACGUGACGUAGACAGUAUUGACUCUGCUUUCUUUUAUGGAAAGGCUCAGAUUAUUAGCACAGCCGUGGUCUUAUGCGUCAGUAUAAUGCUCGCUGGCAUUUCGCUUUUGUGCAUGAGUCGCAGUGGACAAGAUGGAAACUACCAGGUACUGAAUCAGUCAUUCCAGGGCAGUAGUAGCAGGACUGCAGAGAGUCCCAUCAGGGCUAGCACGCCAUCAAACUCUACAACAGAGAUCUGUGCUUGUGGCCAGGAAAACGGAGACGUGUGUCAGCCUGCGGGAUCUCCAAAUAUGCUGAGUGUAAAUGAGGCUCCCAGCAUUGAAGAUGCACACGAAUGUCUAACUCGCUGCAACUCCCAGAGAUGUCCCCUGUCCCAGGAAGAGCAGCAACACCUGCAAAGUGAAGACAGGCAGAUAGCAAGACACGUACUACUUUGUCUGCUUCUCGUUGUGGGGCUCUUUGCAAACGCGUCCAGUUGCUUCUGGUGGCUUUUUAAUCCUGAACCGGGAAGACUUUAUGUGGAACUUCAGUUUUUCUGUGCCGUGUUUAACUUUGGUCAGGGUUUCCUGUCAUUUGCCAUUUUUGGGUUAGAUAAACACUUGAUCAUACUUCCAUGCAAGAAAAGACUUCAGUUCCUCUGGAAUGGCCGAGAACCAAAUGUCGUGGCUGAGGAGACCAGGCUUCCCGAGGAAAUCCGAAUGACCUGCUACCAGUUUGUACAAUACCACAAAGACCUGUGCAUCAGGAACAUUGUCAGGGAAAGAAGGUGUGGUCCCAGGACAUCUGGAGGAAUCUUCUGGGGCUCAGAUUUGGUGAGCUGGCUUGUUGAGGUUGGAUUGGCGUCAGACCGCGGCGAAGCGGUGAAAUAUGGAGAGAGACUGCUGAAAGGAGGGGUCAUCCAGCAUAUCACAGAUGAAUUUGAAUUUCGAGAUGAAAACCUUUACUACCGCAUCUUGAAGACGAGGCAAAUUCCAGACUACAGUCGAUGACCCAUUCACAGUUUGCAUCUUUUCCGUUUCUGCAGAAGGAGAUACCACCUUCCUCGCAUCUGUAAAGCCAUAUAUAAAGCACAGUGGCUUCUAAGGGUAUGUUCACACGUUGUUUGUUUUUUGGCACGGAUUUCAGCAAGGAUUCGGUGCCGAAAACUAGAAAUCAGUGGGAGGCCACGCCGCAACUCAUGCGGCCGAGGAUUUUUCCCGUGCAGUUCUCCAGACCGCACCAAGAAUGCAAACGUCCAUUCUUGGUGCGACAACCACGCGGACACAUUGAAAAUCUGCAGCGGGAGCCUGCUCACAGUAUAGCUCCAUUCAAUGAAGCUAAACCGACAGCAGGACCGCCCCAAUCACAAUGAAAACCCAGCAGCAGAAACUGCAGCGGUGAUAAUCCGUGGUGUGAAUGUACCCUAAGAGCUGCCAAUGCAAUACCACUAUCCCUAGUGAGCUUUAAUGCUACAAGGAAAGAAAUCCCAUUACCUCAAGUUAAAGGGGUGACCCUAGAGGGAGCACAUAUCGCCAAUGCACAGGACUGAUGAUAAAUGUCUGAGUAGUGGGUGGGGGGGGGGUCUAACCACUGGGACCCCACUGAUCACAGGAAGGGGGUCCUGUGUUCCCCAAUUAGAUUGGAGCAGAGGUCGAGAUUGUGUGCUGCCUCUGUAUUCAUAGUCUAUGGGACUGAUGAACAUAGCCCAGUACAGCGCUCUACUCUCUCCAGCAGUCCCAUAAACUGAAUCCUCAACCACUGCACCAUUCAAUAUGGGGGGCAUAAGACCCCCAUCCUUGUGACUGGUGUGGUUCUCAGCAGUCAGACACCUGCAGUGAUAAAUUGCAUACACAGACUUCAUCUCAUUUUCUUGCUCAGGUACAAACCCUACAUUUUGGCAGAAUUUAUAUGUUUGCUUUCCGCACGCUGACAUUUUGCACACUAAUGCAUAUUUUGUUGCACAGUUUACAGUAGUCAUUGUAACUAGCCCUAUUGUAUCUUUAAAGAGUGUCCCAUUUGGUCAAGGCUUUCUCAGUUGUGGACACUCUGUUAAAGGGGUUGCCCAGAAUCCAAAAAACUUGGCUGCUUCUAAAGACAGUGCUGUAUCUGUGCACAGCAUUCACCAUAGUGGAGUUAAGGCUACUUUCACACUGGCGUUUCUGGGUCCGCUUGUGAGAUCUGUUUCGGAUCAGCCGAAAACGGAUCAGUUUAGCCCCAAUGCAUUCU